GAGGCUGCAAUCUCCUCCCUGAAUCGCGCACAGCGCUGCAGAUCCCACUGCUCCGACAUGCGGGCCGAAUGCAGGUGAGAAAAGGCACGGACUCUGCGGCUGCGAACCCAAACUUGGUCACCGCACGGUGCGCACGGCUCAGCCUUCGCCCCCGUGGGCGAAAGGCUGCUGCGGUUUCAGGCGGCUGCUUCGUGACUAAUGACCUUGCGCAGAGUUGUUAAGAAAAAAGAGAAACCCGCGCUCUCCGGGAUGAGAAGGGACUGACUCUCUGGGCGUCUCUGAAGAUGGCUCGGGCUUCUCUUUGGCGCGCCGGGGGGACCCGGACACGGACCGCUCUGUGACGCGAGUAGUCUCCACUGCACCGUGCCCGAAGCGACGUGCCGGGGGAUUUUUCAUUCUCUAUCUGUUGACUGGCUCCCCCGCUGCAUGAGCAGAGUCGGAGUUGAGACUGGCUUGUUGCUGGCCCCAGCGCCUGGUGCAGGAAGCGACUCACGUUUGUCUGGGCGGCCGGAGCCGGAGCAGAGCUUGGGUUUGGAGUGAGUGCCUGGAACGUGAAUUGGACUCAACUCGAGUAGCAGCAAAGACCAGCGGGCUGGCAGGAGGGGGAGGCUGCAGGCUCAUUCCCCACCUCUUCCCAGCCCCACUGCCCGUCUGCCGGAGCGGUUCUGGCCCCUUCCGACAGAGCGGGGACGAGAGCCGGGGAUUCUCCGCCCGCUGCGGGGAUGACUCUGGGUGGGGGGGCCGCCGAACCCGCGGCGCUCAGUGUCCCGUGAACUGUGAGUACUGCGACUGAACGGCGGCAGGCGAGCGGGCGAUUAGCACCCAUUGCAUGAAUUAUGAAACAAUAACUUUCGGAAGAAGCAGGAAGAAAAAAAGAAGCAUCUAUCGCUGCCCUCCCACCCCCAUUCCCGGCCGACUCUCCACGCCGCUUUUGCCCCCUCCCUCCCCUCCCUCUCGCUCCUUCCUUUCCGGGAGAGGGGAGAGGACUGGGGGGAGGGCAGGCGGCCGGCCCCGGAGGAGGGGGGCGCCGAGGGGGCUGUGGUUAGAAGGAGCAGUAGCAGCAGCAGCAGGAGAAGAUGCUGAGGAUGCGGACCGCGGGAUGGGCGCGCGGCUGGUGCUUGGGCUGCUGCCUCCUCCUGCCGCUCUCGCUCAGCCUGGCGGCCGCCAAGCAGCUCCUCCGGUACCGGCUGGCCGAGGAGGGCCCCGCCGACGUCCGCAUCGGCAAUGUGGCUUCAGACCUGGGCAUCGUGACUGGAUCGGGUGAGGUGACUUUCAGCCUGGAGUCUGGCUCCGAGUACCUGAAGAUCGACAACCUCACGGGCGAGCUGAGCACGAGCGAGCGGCGCAUCGACCGCGAGAAGCUGCCCCAGUGUCAGAUGAUCUUCGACGAGAACGAGUGCUUCCUGGACUUCGAGGUGUCGGUGAUCGGGCCCUCGCAGAGCUGGGUGGACCUGUUUGAGGGUCGGGUCAUCGUGCUUGACAUCAACGACAACACGCCCACCUUCCCGUCGCCCGUGCUCACGCUCACGGUGGAGGAGAACCGGCCGGUGGGCACACUUUACCUGCUGCCCACAGCCACUGACCGCGACUUCGGCCGCAACGGCAUCGAGCGCUACGAGCUGCUCCAGGAGCCCGGAGGCGGCGGCAGCGGCGGCGAGAGCCGGCGCGCCGGGGCGGCCGACAGCGCCCCCUACCCCGGGGGCGGCGGGAACGGCGCGAGCGGCGGCAGCUCGGGAGGCUCCAAGCGGCGGCUGGACGCACCAGAGGGCGGCGGCGGCACCAACCCCGGCGGCCGCAGCAGCGUGUUCGAGCUGCAGGUGGCGGACACCCCGGACGGCGAGAAGCAGCCGCAGCUGAUCGUGAAGGGGGCGCUGGACCGCGAGCAGCGCGACUCCUACGAGCUGACCCUGCGGGUGCGCGACGGCGGCGACCCGCCUCGCUCCUCGCAGGCCAUCCUACGGGUCCUUAUCACCGACGUGAACGACAACAGCCCCCGCUUCGAGAAGAGCGUGUACGAGGCCGACUUGGCUGAGAACAGCGCCCCGGGGACCCCCAUCCUGCAACUGCGCGCAGCCGACUUGGACGUGGGGGUCAACGGACAGAUCGAGUACGUGUUUGGGGCGGCCACCGAGUCGGUGAGGCGGCUGCUGCGCCUUGACGAGACGUCCGGCUGGCUCAGCGUCCUGCACCGGAUCGACCGCGAGGAGGUGAACCAGCUGCGCUUCACGGUCAUGGCCCGCGACCGCGGGCAGCCCCCCAAGACCGACAAGGCCACCGUGGUCCUUAACAUCAAAGACGAGAACGACAACGUGCCGUCCAUUGAAAUCCGCAAGAUUGGGCGCAUCCCCCUCAAGGACGGGGUGGCCAACGUGGCCGAGGACGUUCUGGUCGACACCCCCAUCGCUCUGGUGCAGGUGUCCGACCGAGAUCAAGGCGAGAACGGGGUGGUCACCUGCACUGUGGUGGGCGACGUGCCCUUCCAGCUCAAGCCAGCCAGCGACACCGAGGGCGACCAGAACAAGAAAAAGUACUUCUUGCACACCUCGACCCCUCUGGACUACGAGGCCACCCGGGAGUUCAACGUGGUCAUCGUGGCGGUGGACUCAGGCAGCCCCAGCCUCUCGAGCAACAACUCCCUGAUUGUCAAGGUGGGAGACACCAACGACAACCCGCCCGUGUUCGGCCAGUCGGUGGUGGAGGUUUACUUCCCUGAGAACAACAUCCCCGGCGAGAGGGUGGCCACGGUGCUGGCGACAGACGCAGACAGCGGAAAGAACGCCGAGAUCGCCUACUCGCUGGAGUCCUCUGUGAUGGGGAUCUUUGCCAUCGAUCCUGAUUCUGGGGACAUCCUGGUCAAUACGGUGCUGGACCGCGAGCAGACUGACAGGUAUGAGUUUAAAGUUAACGCCAAAGACAAAGGCAUCCCCGUGCUGCAGGGCAGCACUACGGUGAUUGUGCAGGUGGCUGAUAAGAAUGACAAUGACCCUAAGUUUAUGCAGGACGUCUUCACCUUUUAUGUGAAAGAAAACUUGCAGCCCAACAGCCCUGUGGGGAUGGUCACCGUGAUGGAUGCUGACAAGGGGCGGAAUGCAGAGAUGAGCCUGUACAUAGAGGAGAACAAUAACAUUUUUUCUAUUGAAAAUGACACGGGGACCAUUUACUCCACAAUGUCUUUUGACCGGGAACAUCAGACCACGUACACUUUCAGAGUCAAGGCUGUGGAUGGGGGAGAUCCUCCCAGAUCUGCCACAGCUACAGUCUCGCUUUUUGUGAUGGAUGAAAAUGACAAUGCUCCCACAGUUACCCUUCCCAAAAACAUUUCCUACACUUUACUGCCACCUUCGAGUAAUGUCAGGACAGUAGUAGCUACAGUGUUGGCAACAGACAGUGACGAUGGCAUCAAUGCAGACCUGAACUACAGCAUUGUGGGAGGAAAUCCCUUCAAGCUGUUUGAAAUUGAUCCCACUAGUGGUGUGGUUUCCUUAGUGGGAAAACUCACCCAAAAGCAUUAUGGCUUGCACAGGUUGGUGGUGCAAGUGAAUGACAGUGGGCAGCCUUCCCAGUCCACCACGACUCUGGUGCAUGUGUUUGUCAAUGAAAGUGUUUCUAAUGCAACUGUGAUUGACUCCCAGAUAGCUAGAAGUUUGCACACCCCACUCACCCAGGAUAUAGCUGGUGACCCAAGCUAUGAAAUUAGCAAACAGAGACUCAGUAUUGUCAUUGGCGUGGUUGCUGGCAUUAUGACAGUGAUUCUAAUCAUCUUAAUUGUAGUAAUGGCAAGGUACUGCAGGUCCAAAAAUAAAAAUGGCUAUGAAGCUGGCAAAAAAGAUCACGAAGACUUUUUUACACCCCAACAGCAUGACAAAUCUAAAAAGCCUAAAAAGGACAAGAAAAACAAAAAAUCUAAGCAGCCUCUCUACAGCAGCAUUGUCACUGUGGAGGCUUCUAAACCAAAUGGACAGAGGUAUGAUAGUGUCAAUGAGAAGCUGUCAGACAGCCCAAGCAUGGGGCGAUACAGAUCUGUUAAUGGUGGGCCCGGGAGUCCUGACCUGGCAAGGCAUUACAAAUCUAGUUCCCCAUUGCCUACUGUUCAGCUUCAUCCCCAGUCACCAACUGCAGGAAAAAAACACCAGGCCGUACAAGAUCUACCACCAGCCAACACAUUUGUGGGAGCAGGAGACAACAUUUCAAUUGGAUCAGAUCACUGCUCUGAGUACAGCUGUCAAACCAAUAACAAGUACAGCAAACAGCCAUUUCGUAGAGUGACGUUUUCUGUUGUGAGUCAGCCUCAGGACCCACAUCAGGGGUCACUGCAGAGUUGCUAUGACAGCGGGCUGGAGGAGUCAGAAACACCAAGCAGUAAGAGUUCAUCAGGGCCAAGACUGGGUGCCCUUCCACUCCCAGAGGACAACUAUGAAAGGACCACGCCGGAUGGCAGUGUUGGUGAGGCAGAGCAUAUGGAAAAUGAUUCAAGGCCUCUUCCGGAUGUAGCCCUGACUGGGAAGUGCACUCGUGAGUGUGAUGAGUAUGGCCACUCAGACUCCUGCUGGAUGCCUGUCCGCACUUCUCCGGAGAGGAAGAAGAGCCAGCCUAAACUCUCCACUUUCAUGCCUGUUGAUGAACGAGGAAGCCAGGAAAAGCUGGCCAAUGGGGAGGCCGCCAUCAUGGGUGACCGCAACAGGAACCUCCUGAACAAAAAGUUGACCUCAUCCUAUGAGACCUUCAGUGCAGCUAGUUUCAGCAAAAAUGAGGAAGCCAACCCUGAGGAUAUUCCCCUUACAAAAACAGGGGAAUAUAAGCCAUCUCCUGUCAAUACUCUCACUAGAAGAGAAGUUUACCUGUAGGCUAUAAAGGAGCAACAGCAAAGUUCUUUAUAUGUAUGAAAAGGAGAAUAAGGGGUAAAAAAACCUUACAAAGCAAAACGUUUAAUCACAAAGAGGGGGCUACCAAAGAGACAAAGCUUUGCCUGCCACUUCUGCCUCCAGAUCAGGCCUUUAGUGAUACUGUUAGCCUGAUUCUACUGUACAAUGUAGAAACCAUCCCUGUUACUUGCAUGUCUAACCCCUUCACUGAUUCCCAACACUCGCUUUCUCUUCCCCACCCCUCUCCAAAAAAAAAAAAAAAGAAAAGAAAAGAAAAAAAAAGGGGGGAUAGUUGCAAGUUUCUUUCACAGUAACUGUACGAAGCCUGAUUAGCAGAACACAACACACUCUCAUUAUCCCUAAGCUGAAGCAUGAUUUUAGUCACUUUGAUUUUGUUCGAGUGUCAUCCGGCUGGUCAAAAAUAAGCAGGACAGAUAAAAUGUAUUUCAGACAUAUCAUCAGAAUAUGGUUUAUCAUCAUCAAAGGCAAUCCUUUGAAAGUGAUAGAGUCCCUCUAAAGGUACAGUCCUUAGAAAGAGGGACUGUAUUAAAAAGCAUUUUGGGAAGAUCAAAGCUUUAAUAUUCCAACAAAGACUAAGAGCAAAACAAUACUCAGUGGGUGAUUGCAGUCCUAAAUUGGCAUAUGUUGUUAUUUUUAGGUCAAGAGCAUCAACUUCAAUUCCAUAUAUUCACCAAAUAUUCUCAGUAUACACACAGUCUUGAUUACAUGUAUCAAUUUCACUAAUUAUGACUUCUAAAAAUUAUAUAUAUUUUUUCAGAACAAGACCACUAUUAUUAACUAACUUGAACAAUUGUAUCAUCCAAAGGCCAAAGAUCAUAUGGCAGAUCAGGGAAAUCAUGAAGUUGAUUUGGUCUUGACGUGGAAAACCAUUAAGCAACAAAAGCAACUGAACCCAUGUACGCACAGAAACAAUCAAACACUAGUUCAUUUUAUAGUGCCCAGGAAAAUGUUCCUUCUUUUAAAAUGGAUUUUAUUUGAAAGCUCAAAGAAUGAAAACUAGUGAGAUAUAUUUUUGGUAUUAUAAUAUGCAAUUGGUUGAGGUUCAAUUUUAGUUUCAGGUAAUAGUAACAGGGAAGAUUCCAUGUUUUAAAAUAGUAUCUAUGGAUCAUGGGUAGGUUAAGAAAGAUGCAUUGGCAUAUAGUCUUAGUUAAGUCCACGAUUAUCAUUUUAGAAUCCAGGCUAUGCUUGCUGCUCUUUUUGUCCACAUUUUAAAUUACAAUUGCAUUUUUUAGUUGUUCAGUGCACACUUUGAUGCACCAAAAGUGCAUUAAUUUUGAAUUGUGUGCAAUAUAGAAAUAUUCUGAGGCUCAUAACAUUGAAACAAUGUGACACCCUAGUUGACUUUAUCACUAAUGUGAUUUGAACAUUAUUUAAUAUACGUUUUAAACCAAUCUAGACUGAACAUGAAAGAAAGGAGUUUUGGGCAGUGACAUUUUUCACAGGAUGUAUAUCUCAAAGAUGAAAGCAGAGUUUUUCCAGUGCAAUAAAAAGAAACAGAAUAUGCAGAUUUUGAGCUACUCGCUCUAUAGAGGAUAACCUUAUAUGGCUGAAAAUUGAGCUGGGACAUUCAGAUGAAAGUGACAAUCCAUGGACAGAAUAGGGAAUAACAGGUGUGAAGAGAACAAACUCAUCACUGAAUGUUUGUAAGCUGGUUAAGGCAUAGCUUUGAUGGCUGUCUAGCAAACUGUAGAAACAAUGUAGCUUUGAGUAGUUUCAUGCUUUGCAGAAUUUCUUAGACUAUAAAGUGACACAGCCUGGAAUAUAGGUUGAUAAUUCACUAUAGGUCCUCAAAAUACUUAUCUUUGAAAACCACUUCUCUGUUUGGUGGGAUACACUUUGGGGGUCAUUUCCUUAUGCUCUUUCUUAAAUGGAGUUUUCAUUUUGAUGUUAGUUUAUGUAUAAUAGGUAGGAUGCAAAAAGAUAUGUAAUUGAAACAAAAAACUUUGGACUAAAAUAUCAGUAAUUGAACAUGUUUAUGUUUGAUUAUUAUUUACACUAUGGAAAGAUGCAAUUCUAGUACUUUGUUAGGAAACUGCAUUAAAGCAGUGCUGCCUUGUAUAAUCUGUAAGUACCUAUUAAGACAAAAUACUUCUAAAGAUACUUAUGAAAUGUAUACAUAUUUUUUGGUGCACGUUACAAAGAAAAUACUCAAUUGCAUAACACAGAUGUUUGACGAACUUUUUUUUUAAUGCAUUUCUUUCUUUCAUGAGACAUUGAAACCACUGAUAGCUCAUUUCACUCUAUCUUAAACCCUUCUCUUGUCUAUAAAACUAAUACAGGUCACACUGGACCUUCAGAUUAAUUGGAUCCACAUUCCCCAAUGAUGUUUGCACCCCAUUCAAGAUAGCCAUGCCAUUGUCAUUUAACUCAUGAACCUCUCUUUAGAACUAAAAUGGGUGUGAAAGAAUAAAAUUCAGUGUACUGUAAGUAUUCACAGUAAUUCUAGUAGAAUUAGCUAUCAUAACAUGUUUAUUAUAUAAUGAGCUGGCAUGACACAGAAAUAUAUUUUGUGUUUGUAUGACUUUUAUUUUAAAUAGGUUAAAUCUGGUGCCACUCCAUAUAUAGAGUGCUUUUGAAAAAAAAUCAAUAAAAAGAAACAAAAAAAAUAAAUGAGUGAAUGCAAAAUAAGCAACUGUGCCUUUUAUACCUGUUGUUAUGGUAAAAAAACGGUUGUUGGGUUUGGACAAUGAGGGGAAAUGGGCUAUUCCCAACUUUUUUGAUCCUGUAUAUUUGUCCAUGUUUAUUUUCUGAAAAUAAUAAAUAAUAUAUUAAAAAUUUGCCUUCUGACAAACUCAGAUAAUGGACCAGUCUUAAAUAUUGUUAUGUCAUAAAGCAAAAUUAAGGCAUUAAUAUGGAUGGGCUGCUUAAAUCUGACUAGAAGAUGAAAGCGUUCAUUGUAAGUGUAACACAGAGAUACUAUCAGGAGUGAAAUCAGUCCAUUUGGCAAGGUAAAAUAUUGAUUUAGAAUUUUAUUCUUUAUUUCUUUUUUGUUUUGUUUCUUUUAGCUACAGUUUCAUUUUGGUUGUACAGUAUAUAAACCAUAUUUGUUUUCUGUACACAAGACUCUCAAGUGAAUUUUGCAUGCAUUAUACAUUAGGACACAUUUAUAAAUUGAGUAACUAUAUAAAUUUAUGUGUAUUAAAACGUCUGUAGCUUCAAUCUAAAAUCUACUGCUCUUUCUGAAUCUCCAGAUAUCAUUUCUGUAUGGUUUCUGACUGGCCUGCUGCCUGAGUUUCAGAAAACAAGGGAGGCAUUAUUUUUAUUGGAGGAGGAACUAAGAUGGUACUGAGGAUGUCUGACUGAAACACUACCCUAGGAAGCUGUCUUGUAGGAAAAUAGAAUAAAACACACAGACCAGAAGAAAUUGUCAAGAAUCAAACAGCCAUCCAAAAACAGUCAUGAGAAAUCUAAAGACCUAAAUAAUCUUAGGUAUAUGCUCUCAGUGAUAAAUAAGAAAAUGUGUCCUUAAGCAAAAAUAAAUAAAUAAAUAAAAAAUAAAAAGUGAGGAUGAUCACGAAUAUAGUAAAGCUUGUUAGUUGUGACCUAGGUGAAGGUAUAAUGAUAACAUCUGGAGGAAGGCAUCAUUUGUUCAGCUACCUAGGGUUUACUUUCAGACUUUUCCUACAUUUUAAAGCACUUGCAUUCAGUGUGGUACGAUCUGUUUGUAAUGUUAAUCAUUGACUAUUGUUCUGCUACUUGGAUGUUGAUAGUGAAGCAGAGAACAAUUUAUCAUCGUUUAUUAUGAGUCACUAUGCACGCAACUAUGCUUAACAUGGCGAAAUGUAUUAAACACUCGUCCAACUAUUUAUGAAAUACUUUACAUAAUUUAAUUUGCUUUUGUACAGUUUUAUGUAAAUAAAUUGCUUGUCAUUUUUGUCUCUGCAAAUUAAAAUAUAACAUGGUCAAAUGGU